AUGGCCGCCUUUUGCAAGAUGACAAAUGCCGUUUGCGAAUCGAGCAACAAAUCUUGGGUUAUUAUCGACAAAUGUCGCCUGCGUGCGAUAAGUCGCAACAAGACGACCUUUAAUGCGGAUAUCAACAUACUGUAUCCGGUUUACAAUAUUCACCUGAGACUGCAACUUAUGAAGAAGGACAAUGGCUAUAAGCCCUGGCUCUUUAACUAUACAAUCGAUGGCUGUGUGUUUAUGCGCCAGCAGAGACAUCCGGUUUUUAAAAUGUUCUGGCUUAUUUUGCGUGACUUCUCCACAAUCAAUCAUACCUGCCCCUAUCAGGGCAAUCAGAUUGUCAAGGAUUUCUACUACGAUCCCACAAACCUGACGUUGCCUCUGCCAACUGGCGAUUAUUUGUUGCUCCUAACUUGGAUUUUCGACAAGAAGCCGCAAUUUGCCGCAGCCGUCUGCAAGAUGACAAAUGCCAUUUGCGAGUCCAGAAACGAGUCGUGGGUCACCAUCGAGAAGUGCCGAUUGCGUGCAGUUAGCCGCACCAAGACCCCUCUAACCAUUGAGGUAAUGGUCCUUUAUCCAGCCUAUCAAAUACACGUUAACGCCCAGCUGCUGAAGAAGGCCAACGGCUAUAAGCCCUGGUUGGUUAACUAUACGGCCGAUGCUUGUGCGUUUAUGCGCCGAGCCAAUCAUCCCUUUAUAAAGAUCAUCUAUGAUUUGAUCAAGGAGUAUUCGACAAUCAAUCAUACGUGCCCCUAUGUGGCCAGGCAGAUGCUUAAGGACUUCAUCGUUGAUCCAGCCAAAUUAAUGCUACCAUUGCCAAAUGGAGAAUAUCUGCUGCUACUCACCUGGAUGUUCAAUAAAAAACCGCAGUUUGUGACGAAUGUUUACUUUACAUUUAGAGAUUAA